ACCGAUUCUCUUGUUUUUUUUUCUUUUCUUGGCAGCCUUCCUUGAGUUCUUGCCUCACCCAGUUCAUGUCAUGUUCAUCGUGGCCUAGCCUUCUCGACGUCUCGGUUCUCUGAAUAGCUGCUUCUCUCUCUCUCUCUCUCUCUAGGCAUGCUGGCUUCGACCACAAGGUACUUGCAGUAGAAUUUUGGUCCCCAAGAGUUUUGAACCAAGGCCCUCCCAAAACUUUUGCUCUCGUGAUUCGUCCAAACCCGAGAUUGUUCCGUCGAGUUCAUACACAUGGAAGUGGAAUUCUUACAUGGAAAUAAAUAAAAUCACUUUAGUUCGUUGGUGUCUAUGCUAAAAACAUGCUUGCAUGUUAGUCCUGUCUAAGCCCCCAUCAUGUUUUUUUUGUCCUGAUAUUACUUUGGGCCGCCUAGUGGUGCUAGAUGCAGCAGCCGACGAGUCAGGUAAUAUAGCAUAUCUUGUCCAGAUAUUUCUGUCUCCUUGCUAUGCCUCGUGACAUAAGAUCAUUAUUAGUCUCUGCUGGUCCGGAUGCUUUGCUAGUGUACCAAGCCAAAAAAAAAACAAGAUAAUUUUGCUGACAUUAUCUUCCAGCGCUAUGUCUAAGAGAGCUAACUGUACUCCAACUUGUUCGAAUUUUCAACCAGUAAUUUCGUGGCUACAUCGAAUAAAUUUUUGUAUUAUAUAUGCAGAAAAUACCAGUGAGAGUCUUUCCUGUUACGCUGUCUGUAAUCUGGCAUAGUUACUCAACCUUUACAGUUUUAUUACUGUGAGCUGGUGGUGGGAUUAUCUGGAGAACACUAAAAUCUAACUCAAGGUUAGGUACUGCAUUCUGAGCAGGUGAAUUAGCCUAAAGUACAACAUUAUUUGAACUAAUGUGGUUUAGAUAGGAACAACAGAGCUCCCAUCUUUCCUGACAACUACUGAAUAUGCUAUUCUUGGACUUUACUACUCCUUCCGAUCCAAAUUACAAAAUACCCCAACUUUCUUAGAGAAUCAAAAAAAAAUCUCAAGUUUAAACAAAAGUACAUAGAGAAUUGCAUAUAUUUAUGGCAUCAAAUAGGCAUACUCUAAAAAACAAUUACUGAAGAAUAUAAUAAUACUUAUUUGGUACAAUAAAUGUUAUUAUUUGAUUAUACAAAUACGGUCAGAUGCUUUAGCUCUACAAGUUGGGAUGACUUUUAAUUUGAAACGGAUGAAGCAUUAGAUAAGGUUCGAUUUUAGAGAUUCCCAGACCAGAAAAGAUGGCAUGCUUUUCAUAUGUUUGUCCUCAGACAUGGAAUUUGAAUGUAGCAUAUCCAGGCCUAUGAAAAGAAUCAGAUGCUUCUCAUGAUUGUUGAACAGAAAAUCGACCACUCUGGAAAUAGGCUAAGAUUCUCCUUCCCCUCGUUUGCUCUUUACGUCAUUAUCUGCAUCCAGUUUGCACUGGCUACUCUUUAGCUCCAGUUUGCCCAAGAUUCUUUUUCUCUAAAAAAAGGUGGUUUAGCUUAGUAAUUCAGCAAGCAUAUAUUUUGUUUCCCUACUGACACAUGACAAAGUAUUACUCAAUGGACAACCUCUAGUGCAUAUGGACAAACAUGGGCCAUCUUGAGGAUCACUUAAGCUGCAAGGAAUUUUAGCCAAAAUAAUCAUUUGCGACAACAUCCUUUUUAUCCCAUCUUGAAAUAAUCAGUUUGUCAUUGGUUUAUCUGAAGCUAGUCAUAAACUGUUGAUCACCAAUCUGCACACCAGUAGGCAAACCAAUGAGUGCAACUGCGACUUAAACCACUGGGAUCCCCCCUCCAAGUUUUGUGCAUGAACACAUCUCAUAAAGUACGGUGAGACAGCAGAGAAAUCAAGUGACGGGUGAAAAGAUUGUUGCCAUCAGUCAGGGAUGAACAGCAAGGAGAUGUGCCAAGAACCGUGCGACGAGCUGUCCGAGAUCAGCAGCCAGGAGGCGUCCAACUCCUCCGGCCUGGUAAGCCUCGACCUCACGCUCACCGUCGCCGCCGCCGCCGCCGCCGAGUCGAGCACUACCGACAACAGUAACAGCGGCGGCACGCCGGCCGACGCGGCGGCGGUCGCCCGCGAGCCGUCGCGCGUGUUCACGUGCAACUACUGCCAGCGCAAGUUCUUCAGCUCGCAGGCGCUGGGCGGGCACCAGAACGCGCACCGGCGGGAGCGCACGCUGGCCCGGCGCACGCUGCGGCUCGACGCGGCGGGCCCCUACGGCUACUACGCCGACGUGGCGUCCCUGCCGCUGUACGGCUCCGGCCUGUACCCCAUCGGCAUCCAGGCGCACGCAUCGAUGGCAGCGCACCCGGAGCAGCAGCAGCGGCACGAGGACGCCGCCGAGCUGAGGCCCGCGCGGGGGCUGCUGAGCCCCAUGCCAUUCCUCGUGGCCGACGAGGCGGAGAUGAGCUUCGGCUGGCCCGGGAGCUUCAGACCAGCCACCGCCGUCGCUCCUGCGCCGGCGGGGAGCGCCGUCCUGAACUCGGCUGGCGGCGUCGCCGUGCAUGCCCGGGAGGAGCCCGAUCUGACGCUCAGGCUGUGAAGUGUGUGUGAACUGAUCCGUCGACUAGACUGGUUAAUCCGUCAGGCUUUCAUUCUCUUUAAAUUGAUGAUCGGCCCAUGGCUGAUGCAGAUCAGACCGUGGCGGUCUCUUGCUUGACCAGAUUCUUCCUAUUGUUUCGUGUGCGUGCAAGAAUUUUUGUACAGCAGUUGGAUGUGCAAGAGCUCGAGAUAUCUCUCUUUAUUCAAUGAUCUUGGUAUGCUA